CCUGAUAUCUAGCUAUCUGGCACGGAGUCGUAAACGAUCUCUAGUCUGCAUGGCUGUGCUUUCUUCAAGCUAGCUACCUCCCUAACAUCUCGGAAUAAGAUCAUACUAGUGGUUAGUUCUCCCACAGGCUAAAGUAGUGUGUAACCUCUAAAACUUUGCUGCGGUUCUCAUGUUCAUAGGCACGAGUUCCUAGUUGAUGAGUUGCACUCCUGUGCAUCCCUUGUCAGUAAAUAAGCCAAGGGGCUUUUUUUCUGUGCUUGGAGGUACGGUGUCGUACUCGUAAAGCGAAAAUGGGGAGUGACGAGUUACCCCUGAGAACAAUGGUGAGGGUUUUCAGAAGAGAGUGUGCCCGGGUCGUCGGUUCCGAGAGGACCACUGUCCGCGGAGCAGACAGCAUGCUGCUGGUCCUACAGCUCGCUACCGCUCAGGUCCACAAGCAGGAAAAAGGCGAGUUCGCCGCGGCUUUGAGCGACGUGCUCGCGGCUUGGAAAGGCUUGCUGCUGGACAAGCUCCACCUGUCCCACGACACCGUCCCCCUUCCGGAGGGCUAUGAGCUCAUCAGGAAGGAGUACGAGCGCUUUCUGAAGCGCACCAACACGGUGGACCUGCCCGACGUCCACGGCAUGUAUUCGCAGCUGAGGCGGACCACGGACCCGGCGGAUCCCCCCACCGCAACGCAGCUGUUUGAGUUCCUGCGGGGGAGAGCGCAGACCUUUGAAGAAGCGGAGCAGGCCUGUCAGUGUCCUGCCACCCCGUCCCACAGGGCCCGACUCGACUCGCAGAUGCAGAGGCUGGUCAGGAGGCUCUUCUGUUCCUAUUUGAGCCUGGUGGUAAACACCAAGGAUGACUUGGCUGUCGCACACGCACUGAACACGCCUAGCCGCGCUCUGGGUCGCACGGCCUUCGCUGACCUCAGACAUGCUGCACAGCUCAGCCACACGUCUCUCUUCCUGGCGGCGAUGUCAUUUGUCAGGGCGAUCCAGCUAGGUGGGAAAGGAUACGCCCCCCCAGAAUUGGACCCUCUGAGGAAGCAUCUGAAGGGCCUGUCCCAGUUUGUCCAUUUCACUGAUCAGUUGGAAGAGAUCCUGGGAGAAACCCCUGAGCCCAGCGCUGCCGCAUCCAGGAUCGUGUCCAGUGUUCGUGCAGCUCUGCUGAAGAGCCUCGGUAACGGACAUCCUGUGUCUCCUGUUGUGGAAAAGACCGCGAACGAGCUCAAAGAAAGAAUCCAACAAAUCUGCACCAUCCAGAAAGAGUCCGCGACCAGCUCGGGAAUCAGUCCUUCGAGGCCCCGAGCUUAUGCCAUUAAUCAUGCUACAGCAUACGAGGGCAGAGAGACCGUGAAGGUACUGAUGGCUCUGCUGGAUGAAGAGGCAACGGCGCCGCCUUCAAGGAACAGCGUGGAACUGCUCACUGAAGAUCAGGACUUUCUUGUUGGGACUGAAGAGAUGUCUCUUCUCAUGCUCUUCCGGUCUCCGGAGAUCCCCACGGGACUCUCCCCGAAGCCCUUACGGAAACGUGUUCAGGGCCAACACGGACAUGUCAACUUUAAGGUGAAGGGGAGGGUCAUUCGUUCCCAGUUCGCCUGCACGUACUUGGACGACGCUCCGCCCCUAAACCGCAUACUGGAGUUUCCAAGCACAAGUCAACUGCCCACCUGCGUGCACCCGGCUCCCAGACGCCAGAGCCCCCCACCUGUCCCAGCGUCUCAGCAGGAGGGACGCGCAUCCACAGACACGUUUCAUAAACUCACAGUAGAUGUGGCUCUGAAGCCUACGUCCUUGGCUCAUUGGGGCUCUGGAAACAAAGCUGCUCUGGUGCAGCGAACCGGCAACGCCCACACGCCAACAGGUGGCCCAGGUCCGCACCUGGCAUCGGUCCAAACAGUCAUCAAGGCCUCCAAGAGGAAGCUGGCAAACAGAGAGAGCGUGGAACCAGGCGGAGAGGAGAUCCAGCCGCCCCAGAAGAGACCCGCCUCAGCCGCGUGCAGUUUGCGGACGGGAAACAGGAAGUGUAAAUCUGCCCCCAGGAAGCUUCUCGCAGGUCAAGGCACACUCACGAGCUUUUUCCGCCUGUGACCUGAGGCGUAUGUGGGACACUUCUU